GAGUACAUUACAUAUAGUUAAAAAUUAUUCUCUCGGCUCUUCUUUUGAAUUCUACACGUGUUAAUUGUAUCUGUCUUUCAUUUUUUAAUUAAAGUUUUUUUUAUACAGAAAAGCUGUAUUGAAUGACGAAUAGAACUUGAUUUAUUCUCCGGAUUCAAUUAAUCACGUUUUAAACCAAUAUUUUGUUGGUGGAAGUGUAUAGUCAUCAAUUUAUUGCGAAACUUGUUUUAUAUCAUAACUCGCUUGUUAGCCCAUACUAUUUUUGCUAAAAAAUAAAUAAAAUGUCUACGAGUAGCCACAUGGAAACUGAAAAUGGCUCAACUAACGGUGUUACAAAUUUCUUCGAUCUUCAAAGAAUGCCACAUAUAGUGGAAGCACUAGAUAGAAAUCAAAAAAUACAGCCUGAUAUUCUUCAUGUGAUUGGCAAUACUCCAUUAGUCAAACUAACAAGAAUUCCAAAAGAUGAAGGAAUACUCUGUGACAUAUAUGCAAAAUGUGAAUUCUUGAACCCUGGUGGCUCUGUGAAGGAUCGCAUUGCAUACAGAAUGGUGCUGGAUGCUGAGCAAAGAGGAGUAUUGAUACCUGGAAAGUCUGUCAUUAUAGAACCGACAUCAGGCAACACUGGCAUUGGUUUAGCACUUGCAGCUGCUGUUAAAGGAUAUAGAUGUAUUAUAGUCUUGCCUGAGAAAAUGUCAGAUGAAAAAGUGAACACUCUAAAAGCUCUCGGUGCCGAGAUCGUCAGGACACCCACAGAAGCAGCUUCAAGUGACCCCGACAGCAACAUAAUGGUCGCAAGACGUAUGGCUAAAGAAAUACCUAACGCUGUUGUACUUGAUCAGUACAAUAAUCCAUGCAAUCCACUGGCACACUAUGACGGUACCGCCGAAGAGAUCUUAUGGUCGUUGGAUGACGAAGUGGAUAUGGUGGUGAUAGGCGCAGGCACCUGCGGCACUAUCUCCGGAGUCGCGCACAAAAUCAAAGAGCGCUGCCCAAAGUGCAUUGUAGUUGGUGUCGACCCCUACGGCUCUAUUCUCGCACAACCAGAAGAACUUAAUAAAAGUGAUGUGCAGUUUUAUGAGGUGGAAGGCAUCGGCUAUGAUUUCUUACCACGUUCCCUCGACAGAUCGGUAAUCGAUAAAUGGGUGAAAACCGAUGACCAUAACUCGUUACAAAUGUCUCGUAGACUCAUAAGGGAGGAGGGUUUACUAUGCGGCGGUAGCAGCGGGUCCGCAAUGUGGGGAGCGAUUCAAGCUGCUAGAUCUCUCAAAGCAGGCCAAAAAUGUGUGGUACUACUUCCUGACAAUAUACGGAAUUACAUGACCAAGUUCAUCUCUGACCAAUGGAUGGAAGCACGCAAUUUCAAAAAAGUUAUUAGAAACGACAAAGUGUGGUGGUGGGAACACUUAGUAACAGAUGAAUUAUUUCAAGCGGUUGUGAGCAUUUCCAACAAAAGUACGCCAUUGGAAGCUCUCGAUAAACUAAAGGAAACAAGAGCGCCUCUUUUAACGAUUGUUAAUGACAGUGGAUCUAUUGUUGGGGUGUUCACAGCAGACAAUGCACGCCAAAGAUUGGCUAACUUAUCGGGCUCGAUAAAUGAAAGUCUCGACAAGUUUACAGUGAAAAAAUUUUACAAAGUGGAUCUCAUGUUGAAACCUACACUCGGACAAAUCUCACGAUUGCUAGAUAUCACACCAUACGUAGUUGUCGUAAAAUCAGAGGCAACAUCACAGAUUCGAAAACCUGUCGGAAUGAUUACGUCUAAUGAUCUUCUAAUAUAUACAGCAGCAGAAACUAAACAUUUAAAUGGUAAAUAGAAGACUGAUGUAUGUAAUAAAAAGUGUUAAACAAAUGGUAAAAUUGAAGCCACAUUUGCUCCAAUUUAUAUGAUUGUAUAAUGCAAUACAUGGGGUAUAACAAAAAGGAUAUAACCAUUUGAAAUCCAAUGAAUCAUAUUAGAGAAGUAUUGAACAUCUUUCCCAAGUGAGUCUCAGUAUGAGUUUAAUUUUUAAACCAUACAUGAUAUACUCUGCAUUAAUGUCUAUAUAAAUAUAGUAUAUAUCUAUACUAUAUUUACUACAUUUCUAUAUAAAUUAAUGAAUACUAUUGAAUUUCAGAUUGUUCUCUCUUUUCUGUUAUACCCUUCAUAAUGAGCAUAAGACUAAAAAAAUAUUUUACUCAGCAUUUAUAAAUUAAAAUACUUAUAAGCAAAAUAUGUUUGAUGGUUCUUUUAAGGCCUAUGUAGACAAGACAUAAAUCUUUUGGUUUUAUUAGUACGGUACUUUUAUUAGUAUUGUAUUUGUAUUGUAGUAUUUAUUAGUAUUUGACGAUACAGUUCUAACAGGUAAUAUAUUAUAACGGACGGGUGAAAUGGUAAAGUGAAAUGGUCUGUCUCGAGCCUUUCUUGGCCUUUAAAAACAAGAUCGUUCAUAUACUUAAGUCGUAAAGUAAUACAAUGCCUUGUAUUUUUGAAGUGUAAAAUAUUGCAGUUACGUUACAACUGCCUGGAGCUUCCUAGGGUUUUUAUAUUUUUUAAUUAAUAUAAAAUAGAUAGAUUCUACUAUGUGAGUGGAUAACCUUUUAUAUAAUUUAGACAUAAUACCUAUGACAAUGUUCGGAGCAUAUUAUUUAUUAAGUGUGAUUGUGAAUUGAAAUCAUUGUUGUCUUGUUACUUCUUAUUACAGAGAUAUUGGUAAUAAAUGACUUUAAAAAUAAAAA